GACCACAGAAGAGAAUGCACGUCGGCGCAAACCGAGGCCUCUAACUAAGCACCUUUUACACUUCCCUUUCGACUUUCCCGGGUGAUGCGUCUGUAAGAGAAGGGAGGGAAAAGCAAACACUUCAAAAUGGGAGACAAGGAUAGUGUGGAAAAGUACCUGGAGAACAAUCCCCAGUUCGCUAAAGAGUACUUUGAUAAAAAGUUGCGCCCCGAAUUAAUCACGACAGCGUUCACAGAAAAUCUUGAGAUCAAAGAUCCGACUUCGUUCAAAGAUGUCUCCCAAAUUCAGGAGGCCAACAUCAUCUUUGACCUUGUCAAAGAAAUGCAAUCGGAAAUCGUUAUGGAAAAAGCAUUGCACAAGGUCCUGCAGAGAGUUUGCAUGAUUUUGAACGCCGACCGGUGCAGUUACUUUGAUCUUCGAUCUAGAAACGGAAUACCUGAACUUACAACGAUGCUCUUCAAUGUCACUCCUAGCACCAAAUUUGAGGAGAACCUCGUCAACCCCACUGGUGAGAUUGUGUUUCCAAUCGAUAUGGGUGUAGUUGGAUACACAGCGCACUCCAAAAAGAUGCAAAACAUUCCGGAUGUUACCAAGAAUAACCGCUUCAGUGACUUUGUGGAUAAGCAGACAGGAUACAAAACCAAAAACAUGCUCACAUACCCCAUCAUGGCUGAUAAAGAAUGCCUUGGCGUUGUAAUGGCACUUAACAAAAUUGGGGCCGAAGAAUUCUCAAAAGCCGACGAGGAACUCUGGAACAAGUACAUGGUCUUUGCACACGUCAUUGCCCUGCAGCAUCACACUGCAUACAUGUACAAUGUGGAAUCCAGGAGGAGUCAGGUACUUCUGUGGUCUGCCAGCAAAGUGUUUGAAGAGUUGACAGACAUUGAGAGACAGUUUCACAAAGCUCUGUACACUGUUAGAAUCUACCUCAAUUGUGAAAGAUACUCCGUGGGCCUCUUGGACAUGACCAAAGAGAAGGAGUUCUACGAUGAGUGGCCAGUGAAGCUGGGAGACGUACCGCCAUACAGCGGACCAAAGACCCCCGACGGAAGGGAAGUCAUCUUCUACAAGAUUAUUGACUAUCUCUUAGAAGGACCCAAAGAGGAAAUCAAAGUCAUACCGGGACCUCCUAUUGACCACUGGGCCCUUGUCAGUGGACUCCCCACCUAUGUUUCUGAGAACGGCUUUAUUUGUAACAUGAUGAAUGUUGCCGCUGAUGACUACUUCACCUUCCAGAAAGAGGCUGUGGAUGAGUCAGGUUUCGUCAUCAAGAACGUCUUGUCCCUUCCCAUCGUCAACAAAAAGGAAGAAAUCGUGGGUAUUGCCACUUUCUUCAACAGGAAAGAUGGGAAACCAUUCGAUGAGCACGACGAACAGAUCACUGAGGCCCUCACUCAGUUCCUGGGAUGGUCGGUGCUCAACUGCGACACGUACGACAGACUGAACAGGAUGGAGUGGAGAAAGGACAUCGCCCAGGAGAUGCUCAUGUGUCAGAGCAGAUGCACCAACACUGAAAUGCAGAGUAUCCUGAACACAAAGGAGAAGUUUGAUGCCGACCCAGAGGACUGUGAUCAGAAGGAGAUGUACAAACUCUUGAGAUCAAACUGCCCUGUGGCCAUAGAUGUCGACCUGCUGCUGUUCUCCUUCAGCGACUUCCCUGUGACAGAGCACGGCCUCAUCAUGUGUGGAAUUCGCUGCUUCUUUGAGCUGAACGUGGUGGAGAAGUUCAAAGUGCCCGCAGAGACCCUGACCCGAUGGAUGUACACUGUCCGGAAAGGUUACCGUGACAUCACCUACCACAACUGGAGACACGGCUUCAAUGUGGGCCAGACCAUGUUCUGUCUCCUACAGACUGGCAGGCUGAGGAAAUAUUACUCUGACCUGGAUGCCUUUGCCAUGGUGGCUGCUGCAUUCUGCCACGAUAUUGACCACAGGGGGACCAACAACUUAUACCAGACAAAGAGUGGAUCGCCUUUAGCCAAACUGCACGGAUCCUCCAUCAUGGAGAGGCACCAUCUGGAAUAUAGCAAGACGCUCAUGGCUGAGGAGAGCCUGAACAUUUUUGUGAAUCUCCAGAAGCGGCAGUUUGAGACUGUACAGCACUUGUUUGACGUCUGCAUCAUUGCCACUGAUCUGGCGUUGUACUUCAAAAAAAGAACUAUGUUCCAGAAUAUUGUGAACGCCACUGAGCCAAUGGAAACCGAGAAGGACAAAAUCGAGCACAUUUCCAACAACGCCAUCAGGAAGGAAAUUAUCAUGGCCAUGAUGAUGACAGGUUGUGACUUGUCUGCCAUCACCAAACCAUGGGAGGUCCAGAGCAAGGUGGCUCUAAUGGUCGCAGCUGAGUUCUGGGAGCAAGGUGACUUGGAAAGGACCGUUCUCGAUCAGCAACCCAUUCCCAUGAUGGACAGAAACUGUGCAGCAGAGUUACCCAAGAUGCAGUGCGGUUUCAUUCAGUUUGUGUGUGCGUUCGUAUACAAGGAAUUCUCGAGGUUCCACGUAGAGAUCACCCCAAUGUUUGAUGGGCUGAACAACAACCUAAAGAACUGGAAAGAGCUGGCCGACAUCCACGCCGCCAAGAUGGCGGCCAUUGAAGAAGAGAAAAAGAAGCUUGAAGCACCAGCAGGACUUGAUAAGCCAAUUCUGAUGGAUCAACACACUCAUCGCAGAUGUACCAGCAGUUGA